AUGGUGGAGAGGGUUCCAGAAGAGGCAAGGGUUCCCAACUGCUGGCAACAGGCAGCCAGCCUGGGCCCUGAGGGCCAGAGGGUAGCAGCAGAGCGUGUGGACAUGGAAACCAGUGCUCCCAGCAAGAAGCCAUGGUGGACCGUGCCUGAAAACUUUCAUGCGCCAAUGGUACUUUAUUUGGAAGAGGGCCAGGAGGAGCUUAUCUUCGGGCAGAGUGACACAUACCUUCGCUGCAUCGAGGUGCACAGCUACACCCUCAUUCAGCUGGAGAGUUGGUUUACACCCACAGGCCAGACACGCGUCACUGUGGUGGGACCAUACAGAGCAAGGCAGUGGCUGUUCCACAUGAUGUCCCGCGUGAUAAGCCAGGACUCCUAUCGUCAAGCCCAGGAGGAGCUACUGGGAUUGGAUGAGGAUUCUAAGGUAGCAGCAGAGCGUGUGGACAUGGAAACCAGUGCUCCCAGGAAGAAGCCAUGGUGGACCGUUCCUGAAAACUUUCAUGCUCCAAUGACAUUUUAUUUGGAAGAGGGCCAGGAGGAGCUUAUCUUCGGGCAGAGUGACACGUACCUUCGCUGCAUCGAGGUGCACAGCUACACCCUCAUUCAGCUGGAGAGUUGGUUUACAGCCACAGGCCAGACACGCGUCACUGUAGUGGGACCAUACAGUGCAAGGCAGUGGCUGUUGCACAUGAUGUCCCACGUGAUAAGCCAGGACUCCUAUCGUCAUGCCCAGGGCCUCAAGAUGCUGGAGCAUGUACGGAGCCAGCCCCUGAGCGAGCAUGACCUGGAGACCCCCAUGAGCAUGGAGUCCAACACCGGGGACCUGUCAUUGGCCAGCAGGAUGAGUGGAACCAUCUCUCUUAGUGUUCCGGAGGCUUCCCCUUACCGCCUGGCUGGUUGUUCUGGGUUCCAUCUUAGUUCCCUCUAUUGGAGAUAA